AUGACUUUUACGGUCUUCAUGUUCAUUCCCCGCAAGCCGGGUAUGACCCUCGAGGCCUUCAAGGAAUACUACGAAACCAAGCACGUACCCCUAUGCUGGGACGCCCUCGGAGAUGAAAAGCCUAUCCGCCACUCGCGCUACUAUAUACAGCGUAAUCCGGCCGCGCAGGGAAACGCUGAUGUUCCCCCACCCCUACUCUAUCUUGGGGACCCUGCGACCGUGGACUACGACUGCAUCUCCAUGGUUGAGUAUGAAGACGAGGCGCAUUUUUUGAGAUUCAAAGAAGUUAUGCAGAAUGGCCCAUUGAGAGAGAAGAUUACUGCAGAUCAAGAUGCGUUUGAAGAUCAUAGUCGUAUGAAGGCUCUAGCAGUUGAGAGCCCAAAAGUGUCGGAGCGUUGAAAGGGUCCAAGACAAAAAGCGAUCUUACAACAACGUGUUAGUACUAUGACCUUUAUGAUAACACUACUUUGUUGCAUCGUAACUUCUUGAUUCGUUCAGC